AUGUCCCUGCUGGAGCAGGAUCCAGCAAAGGAUACAAUCAGAGUUUGUCAGUAUGGAAGUCCGCAGAGGCUUCAGAUGCCAGGAUUCCUGGGUGCAGCAGGAAUUCGGAAAGUCCUCGAGAAAAGAGACAGGAUGGAGCUCCGUGUCCCACCUCUAGAUGAGAAAGCCGACGAGGGGGCAGAGAGAGGCAGUGGGCAAGUUCACAGGCCGGCUUCCACGGAGCAAGGGACAGCAGAGAUGUCACAGGUGGUGAGCCUGGCUUGUCCCCAGCAGUGUGGGACUUUGGGAAACAUCAUUGGUUCUGGCAUCUUCAUCUCACCCAAAGGUGUCCUGGAACACUCGGGCUCCGUGGGUUUGGCCCUCUUCGUCUGGGUCCUGGGUGGAGGCGUGACGGCUCUGGGCUCGCUCUGCUAUGCAGAGCUGGGCGUCGCCAUCCCCAAGUCUGGUGGGGACUACGCCUAUGUCACUGAGAUCUUCGGGGGCCUGGCUGGAUUCCUGCUGCUCUGGAGUGCUGUCCUCAUCAUGUACCACAAGAGCCUGGCUGUCAUCUCCAUGACCUUCUCCAACUAUGUGCUGCAGCCUGUCUUCCCCAACUGUAUACACCCAGCCACAGCCUCUCGAGUGCUCUCCAUGGCCUGCCUGAUGCUUCUGACAUGGGUGAACAGCUCCAGUGUACGCUGGGCUACGCGCAUCCAGGAUAUCUUCACUGGCGGGAAGCUGCUGGCACUGGCACUCAUCAUUGGUGUUGGCUUUGUCCAGAUCUUCCAAGGACACUUUGAAGAGCUGAGGCCCACCAAUGCCUUCACAUUCUGGAUGACACCGUCCGUGGGCCACCUUGCUCUGGCUUUCCUGCAAGGUUCUUUUGCCUUCAGUGGCUGGAACUUCCUCAACUAUGUCACGGAGGAGCUGGUUGACCCUCGCAAAAACCUACCUCGAGCCAUCUUCAUUUCCAUCCCGCUGGUUACCUUUGUGUACACAUUCACCAAUGUUGCCUAUUUCACCGCCAUGUCCCCCCAGGAGUUGCUGUCCUCCAACGCAGUGGCUGUGACCUUCGGCGAGAAGCUACUGGGCUACUUUUCGUGGGUCAUGCCUGUCUCUGUGGCACUGUCUACUUUUGGAGGGAUCAAUGGCUACCUGUUCACCUCAUCCAGGCUAUGCUUCUCUGGAGCCCGAGAGGGACACUUCCCCAGCUUGCUGGCCAUGAUCCACGUCAGACGCUGUACCCCAAUCCCUGCCCUCCUCGUCUGUUGCGGGGCCACAGCGGUCAUCAUGCUCGUGGGUGACACAUACACACUCAUCAACUAUGUGUCCUUCAUCAACUUCCUGUGCUACGGAAUGACCAUCCUGGGCCUGCUUGCCCUGCGCUGGAGGCGGCCGGCGCUCCACAGGCCCAUCAAGGUGAACCUCCUCAUUCCUGUUGCGUACUUGGUGUUCUGGGCAUUCCUACUGGUCUUCAGUUUCAUCUCGGAACCCAUGGUCUGUGGGGUCGGUGUCAUCAUCAUCCUCACUGGGGUUCCCAUCUUCUUCCUGGGAGUAUUCUGGAGAAGCAAACCAAAGUGUGUGCACAGACUCACAGAGUCCAUGACACGCUGGGGCCAGGAGCUGUGUUUCGUGGUUUACCCCCAGGGCUCCCUGGAGGAGGAGGAGGAAAAUGGCCCCAUGGGCCAGCCCUCCCCAUUGCCCAUCACGGACAAGCCCUUGAAGACACAAUGAGACCUUGUAGAGACUGAAACAGCUGAUUCUGU